UUAUAAGAAGAUGAAUGCACACUAAAUAAACGCGACACGACUACACUUAUGAUAAUAUGAAUAUGUUUUGCGUUGUUUCUUGACAAAGAUCAUUAAAAAUUUGGCAAAUUUUCUUGAGAGCAAAUACAGGGAACUAUGACUACGUAUCCACACCACCUGGAAUCGGAAGAUUCGUUCGAUUUCCUUUUUAAAAUCGUUCUUAUUGGAGACGCUGGUGUAGGCAAAACUUGUGUUGUUCAACGUUUUAAAUCUGGGGCUUUCCUAGAGAAACAACAUGCAACUAUCGGAGUUGAUUUUACUAUGAAAACAUUAAAUAUUGAUGGAGCUAGAGUAAAGCUUCAAGUAUGGGACACAGCUGGUCAGGAGAGGUUUAGAACAAUAACACAGAGCUAUUACCGAAGUGCAAACGGCGUAGUAUUAGCUUACGAUAUCACCAAAAAAGAAUCAUUUAAUAACAUUCCACGAUGGAUAGAAGAUGUACAGAAGUAUGCUGGUACCAACGUACUUCAAGUUCUUAUAGGUAAUAAAAAAGACUUAGAAUCAUCAAGGGAAGUAAAAUUCUCAGAUGCGCAAGCUUUGGCUAAUCAUCACGGAAUGCUUAUGUGUAUGGAAACAUCGGCAAAAGAUUCAACAAACGUUGACGACACAUUUUACCAAUUGGCAACAGUUUUGAAGAAGAGGCAUGGUGGAGGACCGGCACUAGACACAGGCGGAAACGAUACUAUUAACCCAAUGGAUUCAAAAAGGCUGGAUGGUUGGGGAUGCUGUGGUUCGUAGGUAAAUUAUUAGUCAAAUGAGGGCAGCAUUCAUCUUAUGAGUGCUGUUGACCUUUGAGUUCAGCAUUCAUUUCAAUGAAUGCUGUUAACACGAGUUCUUAUUUACUUGCCAUUCGUAUUAUUGCCUCCCAGCUUUAUCACUCUCAAUCAACCCUAAAGUCUGUACCAACCUGAACAUACUGUGUGGUCUUAGAGAAGAGGCAACAAUAAAAGUGUAGCUGAAAUGAAUGGAAACAAAGAGGAAUGCAACAGUUAGAAAAUGUGAAUUGAUUUUUGCUUUGUAUGUCUAGCAUGACGUUACUGAUUUAAGCAGUAAACAGAUGAUAGGUUUUUUAUACAAUAGAGUAUUUUUGAAACACCAUGCUUCCAGCAGAAAGUCGAUGCAAGAUUUGAUAGAAAAGAAAUGAAAUAUUAAUCGUACAGUAGGUCUCACUUCUUCUGCCUAGGAAACCAUUCCAUUAUAAUCUAAUUUUAUAUGCUGAUAAUUUGUAUUGCACUUCAAAACAUUGUUUUAAACAUUAUUGUUAUAAUUUUACACUCAUAUCAGUAUA